AUGAUUCCAGGAGCUUUGUCAGUGGCUGACCCUGAAAGAGCCAGAGGAGGCAAACCUUUAGAAACCCCAGGAACUGAAGAGAAGGAAAUACAGAAAAAGGACAGGACGACAAAGGACAAAAAGAAAUUUGGACUGUCUCCCUACGCCCAAAGUGAUAAAAAAGGAGGGAAGAAAUGGCCAGCUGGAAAAAAAACCUAUUUGACCUCCUCCUUUCCAGCCCUGCAGAGCGGGGUGGUUUACCAGGACAAAAACGCCACUGGCCAGCGAAUAUCCUCAGCCAGGCUGCACAAAAUCAAAGAGCUGAGGAACGAAAUAAUCGACUUGGAGAGGAAAAUCAAGGCGUCGAGCUUAGAGAACGUGGCUUUGAAAGAUCUGAACCGCAGGCACGCCAGGGCCAUCGCCAGGUACAGCAACGAGGAGAGUCACCUGCAGGGGCUGCUGGCAGGGCACCGCAACGAGAUGAGAGAGCUCAGGAAGCUCCUGAAAAUGUCCCAGGAGGCCGAGAAAAACACUGCCAGGGAGCUCAAAAAAGUCGAAGCGGAGCUGAGGAGAACGAAAUGUGACCUGAAGACUUUGGUUGUGCUGUCAGAGGACAAAGCUCUGGCAGAGAGGGAGGAACUUAGUCGCAGGUUGUCAGUCCUUAACAAAGCGUUGGAAGCGAAGGAUGAGAGGAUAGAGGGUCUGGAAAUGCAACUGGAGCUGAACAACAGCAUCUUUAGUCGCCAGCUGGCAAGUAAGAGUAAACAACUCCUGGAAGCUACAAUGAUCACAAAAGAUUUGCUGGUGGAAAUCAGCAUCGUUCACCAAAAAAUUAAGGAAAAGGAUCGGCAACUUUACAUAAAGAAUAUUUAUGCAAAUCGGAUGCCAAAAGCCCUGAGGGACAGAAGUGAUUGGGUUCCCAAUGACCAAAGUCAGAGAGUAGACAGAUCAGUACAAGUAGAUAAAGAGAGUUUCAGAGAGCUGCUGCUGUCCCAGCACCAGGAAACAGAAAAAAAUCCAAUCCAGCUAAAAAAGAAGAAAAGAGGAGAUAAAGUUGGAGAAGAUAAAGCAAAGGAAGCGUGCUCAAAUGCCCAGGGUAGAAAAGCAAAGCAAGCAACCAAGAAAGUAGCAAUGCUAGAAACUUCUAACAGGACACACAGAGGGGACAAACUGCUAAUGGAAGAAUGCAAUUUUCCAGAGUUUAUUAAAGAAAUGGAAAAACAGACGGAGUAUUUUCAACAGGAGUUGAAAAGUCUGACAAAAUCUGAACAAAAUCCUCCAAGUGACAGAGUAAAAGAAAACAAUCAAGAGGGAAAGGCAGUGGAAGAAGCUGAAAAAGAAGAGAAAAAACCAAAUGAGCAGCAAAAAAAAGCCAGGAGUGAUAAUACUCUUCCAAGCAAAGACCCCACUAGGCUGAAAAAAAAAUACAUCUCCUCACGAGCUGUUGAGAAUUUGCAUCAGGGGCUGCAGACUUCGGGUGCCAAAUGCAAAGCAGGCAGCCUGAGCAGGCACAGCCAGAGCUGCAGCACCACCGCUGUGCCCAGGGGGAAAAUCACCUUUGGGGCUUAUGAACCUUCUUUUGGGCAAGCCCCCCUGGCCUCGGCAGAGGGAGGAGAGCCUGAGGGAGGAGCUCUUUGGGGAGGGCUGUUUGCAAGGAGAGAGCUCCAGCAGCACAAGGGCCAGGGCAGGGAAGCGAGGGGGGCAAGGCAAAUCCCAAACUCUGGGCCAGGGUCCAACUCUCCUCAUUAAAACCAACUUCUGGGAAUGCACAGUCAUUUCUGAUAGUUAAGUACAUCAGCUUACCUUUAGAAAGCUGAAACAUUCAAAUCGUUAAAAACCAAAUGUUGUACUUUCUUAAAUGUUUAUUAAAUCUUACAAGCACUGGCAGUUGCUUUCCAUGAUUUUUCCCAAAACAAUCCAACCAGUUAUCACAAAAAACAUUCUGUGCUCAGUGUUUAUCCACAAAUGUGUUGUAUUAAUAAUUCCUUAUCAUUUUUACCUGUUACCAGAUAAAGGUUAGUCCUUAUUUAGGAAUUUCCAGGUUUUUUACCUGUUACCAGAUAAAACUUAGUCCUUAUUUAGGAAUUUCCAGGUUUUUUACCUGUUACCAGCUAAAGGUUAGUCCUUGUUUAGGAAUUUUCCAGGUUUUUUACCUGUUACCAGCUAAAGGUUAGGCCUUGUUUAAGAAUUUCCAGGUUCUUUACCUGUUACCAGGUAAAGGUUAGGCCUUGUUUAGGAAUUUUCAGGUUUUAUACCUGUUACCAGAUAAAAGUUAGUCCUUGUUUAGGAAUUUCCAGGUUUUUUACCUUUUACCAGAUAAAAGUUAGUCCUUGUUUAGGA